AUGUUGCUCGCUUAUUAUAUUUUCACACUUGGCAGCGUCUGGUCGUUUGUUGUGCGCGUCAGCGUUUACGUUUGUGUUUGCCUUUUCGUCUACCGUUUGGAAUUGCGCGUUAUAAAAAUAUUCUCUAUUCCUUUUUAUUUGAAUUGAUCGUGAAAUGUCAGUGGUUUAUUAUUGAGUUAAAAUUGGGGAAUUUCAAACAGAGUACCUCAAAUAAAAACCAAACAUUGUUGAUAAUAUUAAUUGCUACAAGUUUCAAAAACUUUGAAUUGUGUAAGCUCCUUGAUUUCGAUUUGUAAUUCUUCAUCGCGCAACGGCUGAUGGACACGAGCAAAUUCGCCUAGCCACGACAGGCAACCAAGCGCGACGAUUAAAAUUGCCCAAUACGCCGCGCCGAAGUGAACGAGUUAGACAAACUCACAAAUGCGGUUUUGGAAAAACUUCUGUAACAAUUAUAAGCGUAAGAACAACCUAAGAGGCCAACAAAAAAAAAAAAUCAACAACAAAGCAUUGCUAACUGCACAAACAAAAAAAAAAAAAAGCAGCUGCAGAAGAUUACAUUUGUCAUCACCGCGGCAACGUACAUAAUUACCACAAUAACAUAAACCACAAGUGCAGCUAACGUUUAGCGGGUAGAAACAAAAGCAAGCGUUACUGGUAGCUAGCGGUACACAAACUAUGUUCUUGCAACGGCCGCAAAUGACACUAAAAAGGUUGCAGUUGCCGCUUGCAUUGUCACUGUUGCUUAUGUGUCACGGUGCCUGGGCAAACAGAACGACAAAUGCAGCCGGAGCAGCUGCCAACGUAGCCGAUGCUUUAAAAGUCAACGCAACGCCAACACCUGUACCGUUGUUAGCUGUACCUUUAGUUUCGUCAUCGGAAGCUACACUUCUAACUACGCAGCGCCUAUUUCCGCCAUCAACGUCAUCAUCUUCGCCCUCAAGGUUGGGCCGAGCGCGUCGCCGCUUUGAUGACGACGAAGUGGCGGACGUAGAAUUGACGCCACCACAUUCGGCCACUACUGCCGAUAUCAAAGCAUCUACUAUCGCUAAAACCGGGCGCAAUCUUGGCAAUUUGCCAAAAAAACGUUACAAAGUAGUGGCGGUGCAUACAAAUUGUACGCGCGACCUCUUCUCGAUGCGCAUCGACUUGAACCGAGAUUUUCGUGGUCUUGUCUACGCCAAGGAUUUUCCAUUGGAGUGUAGUGCGCGCGGUAGUGCACAUCAAAAUGUCACAUUGCGACUACCCACAUCCGGUUGUGGAGUGCGCGCCGAGCCGCGCGCGGAUGGCGUAAUGGAGUUGUCCGUACGGGUGAUGCUACAAAUGGAGCAAAAGUUGCGUCAGAGUUCGGAUAUAUUGCGUACAGUGCGUUGCAAGCUGCAGCCAACGGCAAUGGGCAUGAUGGUAGGGCCAGUUGCGAGCUUGGCGGGAAAACGUGUAAGGAUCAAAGCGGAUCAACAGCGAAAAGUAGCUCAGAAUUACAGAAAUGGACGCAUGCGCAUGCUCGAUGCGCCACACAACAAUAAAGACAACACAAAUGCCGCUGCAGCAGCUGACAAUGAAGAUUUCACCAAUGUGCCGCAAACGGAUGCGUCUACCAUUGAAUCGCAAACAUUGAAAGAACACGAACAUAAAAAAGUAGAAGCCGAAGGCGAAGAAGAAGAAGAAGGCCAACAUGAACAGGAAGCAUAUGCGACCUCUAAAACUCCGGAGUCAACAGCUACAGCGGUGCCUGAAAGCGCCGACGGUAGCAGUGGUGCCUCCAAUAGCACACCAAGCAGCAAUGCCACACCACGCGUGCGGAUUUGGCUCGAACUGGGCGGCCUUGACGGUUCCGGCGCAGUGGAAGUUGGCCAAGCCACAACAUUGACCGUGCGCGCCAUAGUGCCAGGCUCGAUGGGUGUGCGUGUGGUGGACUGUGCGGCGCUCGAUGGGCUGGGUGAAUCGAAGCAGCAGCUGCUGGACGAGCGCGGUUGCACAAUAGAUGAGCAGGUCAUGCCGCCGUUGAAUAAACAUUUCAAACCACUCGACGAGGGCUGGUCAAAACAACAACCGGACGACUUGAUGGAGAAAACAUUCGCGGCCACGUUUCCAGCCUUCAAAUUUCCCGAUCGCGAACGUUUGCAUGUGAGUUGUGGCGUGCAACUUUGCAAAGGCAAAUGCCCGAACGUGAAUUGUCGCAGCUCGGAGCCGUUACAGCUGAGCGCUGAUAAGCAUUUGGCACGCAUCGAAGUCUUCAAUUCAUUGGCGGUGACGGCGCCGCAAAUAGAAGUGGACCGAUUGCGCUACGAUCGUCGCUAUAAUAUGAGUGCCGAAGAAUACCCGCCCCACAUUCGUCAAAUUCAUAGCGACGGCACCCUUUGUCUGUCCGUCUCCAAGUUAGCCAUCUCGUUCUGCGUGCUAGGCCUCAUCUUUCUGGUGGCCGUGAUUGUGGCAAUUUAUUCGCUGAUACGUGCGCGUCGUCGUUCCACGGGCAGUACUUGUGCGUUGACGCCGCCUAGCAGUGGGGCGGGCCAUGUGCAGCGUGCAGAGCUCUGCACAUCGAUGUUCUCAUCAAGCAGCGAAUCAGCGCAAUCGGCACGCUUUGGCAGCAAGCUGCUAAUGCCCUACUACCCGAAUACGUUGCCUUAUGGCAGGGUCUACUAAUUUUCUGAACUACACACGAAUAUAGGAGCUAUUUCUUUAAGUUUUUAGUUUUAAGCUUCUCAUUUCGCUCAUCAUCUAAAGACUGAUUUUUGUAAUAUAAUUUUAUUCUCAGCGAAUGCUUUGAAAAAAAAAAAACAAAGAAAAAAAUAGUAAUAAUACUGUCCGAAAAAAUUUGAUUUUCCAAACACCCAAUGCAAUAAUACUCUAACACUGUUUUACUAUUAGGCAUUAAGUAGCUGUUACGAAAGAAAUUCGAAAACAUUUUAUAAACCAUUUGUUAAUGUAGAAAAUGUUUUUUGACUUUUCUUUCUAAAUAUUGGUUUAAGGUUAAUUAAUUUUGAAUAAAAUGUAGCAGAAAAGCGAAGUGAAAGCUAGCACUAGGAUAAGAACUUAUUUGUUUUUCAAGAAAUU